GACCGACUUAAAACCAAAAUCUCUCUCUUGCCCUUUCCUUCCUCCCACUGUCAUCGCGAUUGGCCUUCCAAUUCUCGUGAUCUCGUCAGUCAGUUGCCGUUGUCGGUGCCACUCCAUCGAGGUUCACUCCAUCGAGGUUCACUUCGUCGAGCGUUCGAAAUCCUGCGAUUCCUCUGUUCUUUCUUCUCCGAUCUUGAGCUGCUCAUUCCGUGAAUCCCAUUUAUUGGAUUUAUCUUUCAAACAUUACAGCUGUAAAUAAAAUAAUGGAUGCAUUCAUUUAGACAUAGCCGUGUGUAGAUGAUGUAUAUGAGGCUUCUUUAAUUUUUGUUUCAUCCUGUCUUUCUUGUUGCGUCUUCAAUGUAAGGCUUAUUUUUUUGGAGCUUUAGUUGAUGCUGUCUUUGUAGAUCUCUUGAUUUGUUUAUCUGCUAAAGACCUUUUUUUCUGGCACACAAGUUGCACUAAGUUAUUUGUUGAGUGAAGUCACAUCAAGGUGUCUCCUGCCAUUUUAGGUAUAUGAAUUUCUUUGAUUGGUUACCCACUCUCAGGUUCAUAGGUGUAGGUGCCCCACUAGGUUCAGGCAAUUGCUUUGAUUGUCUUAUCAUUGAGUUUUCUUAGUCUAUUUUAAGAAUUGGAUUUAUCAAUAUCUGUUUUAGAACCAAGAACUGUCCUUGACCAUUUCAUUAUUUAUGACAUUUAUUUAGGUUAUAUAUGUUUUCACUAUAGAAAUGGAUAACAAAAGGAUACAUAAUCUUCUUCGAGUGCUUGUGGCUGUUUUAACUAUUUUCAUUGGAAUUCUGAAAACAGAUGUCUUUGGUUUGGAUUGAUAUCUUUCUUUAAGUUCUCUUACCUUAUUUUCUUAACCUAAGUGAGAAGUCUUAGCAUAUGAGUCUGGCUUUUAAUGUUAAGUUUUUAUGUUGUAUUUCCAGUUCAUAUGAUAGUUUGAUUCUGCAACAGAUCCUCAUAAACUAUAUGUAGAGUCCAUAUAACAGAGACUAAAAAUGCAGUGAUUUUCCUUGCCAUAGAAAGCUGAUUCGCACGUAACAAGUAUUGAUUGUUUGGCAUCGCCUAGAGGAAAUUGCUUAUUUUUUCCUAUUUAUAAGCAUCUUGUGUUGCAUAGCUUGUGAUUUGGUAGAGUUCUUUGCAGGAAGAGAUAGAAAACAAAAUAGAAGUUGCGGAUGCCUUGGUAGUUAUUUUCUUAAUCAUUUUCUUUUUCAUUUGUUUCUUUUUGAAUAUGUGUUAUCUGUAUUUAUUUCAAAUUCUUUUGCUUUGAGUUGGUUUUUGAGGUGCUCACCAACGUUUUUACUAAUUUGUUUUUGUUCUUAAUAAUUUACCAGUUCUUUGCCUAAAAUUCUGUCACCAUAAUUGAGUUAAGCAAGAUGGAUUCCAUGGAGCAACAAAUAGUUUGGGAGUUUGACUGAGAGGAAGCAUUUGCCUUUAUAAAGGACUUAUUAGAAAAAAUCAUAUGGUAUAUAGAUAAUGGUGACUAUUUCAAAGGAUUGGUACUAUAUAUGAAUGACUAUUAAUUGUGGAUUUGACAAUUAGCU